AUGGCUCCAGCUUUGGCGAAAUACAACUGGAUCCUUGCGAUCACCACAAUCGCCUUUGUCUUUUCAUCAGCCUCAAACGGUGCCAAUGAUGUCGCCAACUCUUAUGCCACCUCCGUGGCCGCACGGACGCUGAAAAUGUGGCAAGCUGGUCUUCUUGCCUGUGUCACUGAAUUCCUCGGUGCCGUUGCCUUAGGUGCCCGAGUCACAUCAACCAUCAAGAGCGGUGUCUUCGGCCUCACUAAGUUUCAGCCGGUACCUCCAACCUUCAUGCUAGUCAUGGGAUGCGCCGAAGUUGGCAGUGCAACAUUCCUCACUAUUGCUACCUUUUACGGCAUGCCUGUCAGCACUACACAAACAGUUGUCGGUGCGCUUGCUGGCGCUGGUAUUGCAGCCCAGACGCCGCUCAAGUGGGCCUGGUCUACUGGUAGUCUCAGCCAGAUCGCAGCCUCCUGGGCAAUUGCUCCUCUCGUUUCCGCCGGAAUUGCAGCUGCUUUGUUCUUGACCAUCAAAUUUGCUGUAUUGGAUAGGGCAAACCCUAUGAAGUGGGGCAUGCGACUCAUUCCGUGGUACCUCGCCUUUACAGCUGGGGUCCUGACACUGUUUAUCAUCGACGAGAUUCCUGGCGGAGAGUCGUUUGAGGAUAUGGGUCCUGGCAAGAGUAUAGGCAUCAUUCUCGGGGUUUUCGUUGGCAUCUUGGUUUUCUCUUACGCCUUUUUCAUUCCUUAUUUCCAUCGCCGCCUGAUCAUGAACGAUGCUCGAAUGCGACCAUGGCACAUCCCUCUCGGACCUCUUCUCUUCCGCGACGACCCCCCGAUCUUCUGGCCUGGAAAGGGUACCGAGGUCGUCACAGACUACUACGCCAAAUCCUCUGUAGAGACCCCGAGCAAGGACUUGGAGAAGGCAUCGGCCAAAGAGUCUGCUCCGGAAGAAACUAUUCACAACAAAUCUCCGGACGCAGAUGAUAAGGGAUUGUCAACAUCGGUCGACGCGAACAACUCCUCUCAAGACGCCGCUCCACGUGCUCUUUCCGUGCCCAACCCUCGUGGAGAUAUUGUCGCCCAUGUCAUCCCCACGAAGCCUGAGCCAGAGGAGCGCUGGUUGCACCCUGUUCGUGAUCUACCGUUUUACUCGCCUCAGAAGAUCGCAAACUGGACGAAGUAUCUACUUUUACAAGGUGUCAGCCGUGAUGUCGUUACGCAUAAGAACCUUGGAGCUGUACAUGCUCGUGCCAUUGUCUAUGACAACCGCGUGGAGCACCUGUGGACUUAUGCACAAGUUGCAUCCGCGAUGAUGAUGAGUAUCGCUCACGGCUCCAACGACGUUGCGAAUGCGGUCGGACCCUGGGUAGCGAGUUACAACACGUACACAACCGGAGAGGUUAUAGCCCGUGCUGAUACCCCGAUCUGGAUCCUGAUCGUUGCUGGCCUGCUUCUUGGUUUGGGAUUCUGGUUUUAUGGAUACCACGUCAUGCGCUCGCUCGGCAACAAGAUCACGCAAGUGUCGCCCACACGAGGCUUUUCGAUGGAACUUGGCGCUGCCAUCACUGUGCUUCUCGCUUCGAGACUCGCAUUGCCAGUCUCGACCACACAAUGUCUGACUGGUGCGACAAUCGGUGUCGCGCUUUGCAACUUCGAUGUUCGAGCUGUAAACUGGAAGCAGGUUGCUUUCAUAUUCUCUUCUUGGAUCAUUACCCUGCCAAGCGCCGGUAUGAUUUCAGGUCUGCUGAUGGCGAUGGCGUUGAACACACCGCACUUCUAA